AUGUCGACGAUCGACAGGCAGGUAAGCAGUGCUUUCACAGAGCCUGAGGACGGUUUUGCUGACGAUGAUCUCCUUGCUGCUGAUGAUUUAAGCGUAGAUCUAAGUGGUGUUCCACCGUCGCGGUCGUUUCUGGAGAGACUAGACUAUGAGUCCGAAUUAGGGACAGUCGAUCCAUUCGAAGAAGAUUUCUCUACUAUAGCCAGAUAUGAGAUCGUAGAGGUGAUUGCGGAUGGUGACAGGGUUGGAAGGCCGAUCAUCGUUAUUUAUGCUUAUCGCCUCCCUCCUAGCAAAUCCAUAGAUCAUGCCCAGUUGCUUCGAUAUUUACAAUCAAUCCUUGACAAAGUGGUUGACUUGGAUUAUACUAUAGUUUACUUCCAUUAUGGUCUAAGAAGUCACAAUAAACCUCCCAUCAAAUGGUUAUUCCAAGCGUAUAAAGUGCUUGAUCGAAGAUUCAAAAAGAACCUAAAAGCAUUAUAUGUGGUACAUCCGACCCGGUUCAUCCGAAUUCUUUGGGGAUUAUUUCGACCAUUUAUUUCAUCCAAAUUUGAGGACAAGUUCCACUAUGUGACUUGCAUAAAGGAGCUGGAAGAGGCUCUUUCGGUAGCCAGACUGAAUUUGCCUCAACCAAUCCGAACACAUGAUGAGCAGCUGCAGAUAGGCUCUGGACAGGCUUCCGUAUUGUCGCACAACCCCGACCACGAUGUGCCACCCAUUGUUACCGAAUUGAUCGAAUUUCUCACAAAACACGCUCUAGAUGUCGAGGGCAUCUUUAGAAAAAGCGCCAAUGUCGGCAGUAUCCGCAGAUUGCAAGAACGGAUCAACAGAGGCGAGCGUAUUGAUUUCGAAAACGAUCCUGAAUAUGUUGAUAACCAUUACGUCGCCUGUAUUGCAUGUCAUCGUUUUGCUGAAGACUUUCCUACGAUCGUUGGCGAGCCAGUUACGACCAAUGCCCUCUACCCACGUCUGGCUGCUCUCGCAGGUAGAAUGUUUAAGGUGGCAGCUAAUCACAAAGUGAAUUUAAUGACCGCAAAUAAUCUCAGCGUUGUGUUUGGACCAAAUCUCACGUGGCCUACUGAUCAGCAGGUGCCUAUCGCCCAGCUGAACAAUUUGAACAAUUUCUGCUACAGGCUCAUCGUUGAUUAUGACCAGAUUUUCAAGUAA